AUGAAGAAGAUGAUGAAGGACCACAAUUUCGUGCGCGUGCUGGCGGCCUGCGAGACGAUGGGCGGCGCGACGGCCAUCUGCUCCGACAAGACGGGCACGCUCACGGAGAACAGGAUGACAGUCACAGAGGGCUGGUUCAGCGGAGUAAAGCUCGACCACGCGCCUGCCAAAGAGGAGCUGCGUGCUGACCUGGCGGAGGACCUGGCCCUGAACUGCGCCCUCAACUCCAAGGCCCACCUGCUGGAGGGGGGCGCCGACCUCAUGACCUUUGUGGGCAACAGGACUGAGUGCGCGCUGCUCAUGAUGGCGCGGCGGUGGGGCGUGGAUUACAAGCAGCGGGGAUGGUGGUGCUGA